GGAAGCGAGGUCUCCCUUAGGCAGAAGAGCCCUCACGACGAUCAGGUCUGGCUGGACACAUUCCUCGCGCUGGUGCAGUCGGGUCACCAGAGGCGCGGCCCACCCCACAGCCGGCAGGAUGCCCAGCAGAACUGUCCGCUACACCCGCUACAGCCCACGGCAGAGGCGCCGGCGGCUGUUGGCUGAUCGCAGUGUACGUUUCCCUAAUGACGUCCUGUUCUUGGACCACAUCCGCCAGGGUGACCUGGAGCAGGUGGGACGCUUCAUCCGGGCUCGGAAAGUCUCCCUGGACACCAUCCACCCCUCAGGCCUGGCCGCCCUGCAUGAAGCUGUGCUGUCGGGAAACCUGGAAUGCGUGAAGCUGUUGGUCAAAUACGGGGCUGACAUUCACCAGCGUGAUGAGACGGGCUGGACACCCCUACACAUCGCCUGCAGCGACGGGUACCCUGACAUAGCCAGGUACCUCAUCUCCCUGGGGGCAGACAGACACGCCGCCAACGACGACGGCCACUUGCCCUCCGACCUCAUCGACCCGGACUUCAAGGACCUGGUGGAGCUCUUCAAAGGGGCCAGGAUGGACUGAGCCGGCCCUGCCCUCCCGGGGCUCCCGCCUCCCCGAGAAGUCCGCGCGUGCCCGGGUGCCAGGACGCGCCCGCCGCCCAGGCCCCAGACCUCGGGCACGACCCCACGCCCUCCGCUCCGGCCUGGCUUUUCCUCCAGGUGAAUUUUUUACUGUGGCACUUUUUACUUUUUCAAUAAACGCGAUCCCCAAGCCUG